UUUCUUUAUUUUUUUGGUUGAUUUUUUUUGUUUGCCUCGUUUGUUUUGCUUACUUUAUUGACCGACUUCUGCGACAAGAACAACAUCAAGAGCCACCACAACAACAACAACAACAGCAGCAACAACAUGGAUGCCGAGGCGCCAACUCAACUAGAAAAAAAUCAAACAGCAACAGUUCCGCGACAGGAAACUGUGGAGGGAGGCUCCACAGGUGAAACGGCAGGUGGAGGUGGAGUGGCCAAGGUCGCGAAGGAACAGGAUCACGAUGCGGAGUACCAUCCGCCUACAAGCUAUCUGGAGACCAUCGUGCACUUGUUCAAGGGCAACAUUGGACCCGGUCUGUUCGCCAUGGGCGACGCCUUCAAGAACGGAGGUCUCCUGGUGGCGCCACUGCUGACAGUGGUGAUAGCCGUGGUGUCCAUCCACUGCCAACACGUCCUGGUGGCCUGCUCCAAGAAGAUGCGCGAUCUCAAGGGAGAGACCGUGUGUGCGGACUAUGCCCAGACGGUGGAGCAGUGCUUCGAGAAUGGUCCGCCCAAGUUGAGGGGCUGGUCGCGAACGAUGGGGCGACUGGUGGACAUAUUCAUAUGUGUGACCCAAUUGGGCUUUUGUUGCAUAUACUUUGUGUUCAUCAGCACGAAUCUGAAGCAGAUCCUGCAAGCCUACGAUAUCGACAUGAAUGUCCAUGUGGUGAUGUUGCUGGCCUUCGUACCGGUGCUGCUCAGUUCGCUGAUCACGAACCUCAAGUGGCUGACGCCCGUCUCCAUGUUCGCCAAUGUGUGCAUGAUCCUGGGACUGGCCAUAACACUGUACUAUGCCCUCAAGGACGGACUGCCGGAGGUGGAGGAACGCGCCCUCUGGACGAACGGCUCCCAGCUGGCACUCUUCUUCGGCACCGCCAUCUUUGCCUUCGAGGGCAUUGCCCUGGUGAUGCCGCUGAAGAACGCCAUGCGAAAGCCACACCAGUUCGAGCGGCCAUUGGGUGUGCUCAAUGUGGGCAUGUUCCUUGUCUCCGUCAUGUUCAUGUUCGCCGGAUCCGUCGGCUACAUGAAGUGGGGCGAGCAGGUCGGUGGCAGUUUGACCCUCAAUCUGGGCGAUACCAUACUGGCCCAGUCGGUCAAACUGAUGGUGUCCGCUGGCGUUCUCCUCGGCUAUCCGCUGCAGUUCUUCGUGGCCAUCCAGAUUAUGUGGCCCAGUGCCAAGCAAAUGUGCGGCAUUCAAGGACGAUCACUGCUCGGAGAGCUGGGUUUCCGCACCUUUAUGGUCCUGGUGACUCUUGCCAUCGCGGAAAUGGUGCCGGCCCUGGGACUUUUCAUCUCGCUGAUAGGAGCACUAUGCUCAACGGCUUUGGCCCUCGUCUUUCCGCCAGUCAUCGAGUUGAUCUCACGGAGUGAGCUGAACAAAGGACCGGGCAUCUGGAUUUGCGCGAAGAACCUCGUCAUUCUGGUGCUCGCUUUACUGGGCUUCUUCACUGGCUCCUACGAAAGUCUCAAGCAAAUUGUCAAGCACUUCGGCGAGGAGGAGGUGCACUGAGUAUCAACCAACUAUUGAGGGCAACAUCGAAAACUAAAAAUCAUCAGCAUCGUAGAAAAAGAUGCAUGAGAUUAUCAUCCUUGUAAUCUUCCAAGGAGAUUAAGCUAUAAAAAACACGCAAAGGAUCAACUAAAUCAACAUAAUAGUAACAAAAAUAUAAUUUAUGAACGCCAAAAUCACCAUACAAUAUCAUUUUCACAACAAACUCAGGAUUCCGGCGCGAAAAAAAACGAUAAAUAUAAAUGAACCAGAAAUUCGGUUUUAGGAAAAAAACAAUGCUUAACGAUCUUCGAGUUUCCGAGAUGAGCAAUCAAUUAAGAUGCCUUACAAGAACAAUACAGGAAUAGCAGAGGAUCAUAUUUGUCAAAACGAAAUGAUAUACCAAACCUCAAAGCUUUAAAGAUAAUCAUUAAACUAACAGCAAACAGUUACCGACCAUCAUUUUAUCAUAAUUAUCCAAAAAAACAUAAAGCAAUUAUAUUAUUAUUAAUCUUAAUGCUUAGUUAUUGACAUAAAAACAAAAUAUGCUUGCGAAUUUAUCAUCAACAAAAAACAAACAUAUAUACAUAGCUAAGUGCCUUCUUUUGUGUCUUAGUAAGCGUGCAGCGCAUUUUACCUACUAUAAUUGAUUAUUUUUUUAAUAGAUAUUAAGUGAGAAUAAACAAUGCGACGUUCGUUUUGACGUCAUCGCAACAUGACAAGAACUUGACAGAUGUGUUUUUGGGGCUUCGAGUACUUGAAAGAACAGGCUGGCAAUAAUUUUGGAUCGGAAUGGAUUUUCGAUAGUAAAGAUAUUAGAAAAGGGAGCGGAUUAUUAAUAUUAUUAAUUUUAUAAUGACAGCGCCCUUCUCUGCGCUUCUCAAUGUAUGCACGUAAGCUAAGGAGUUGCCAACGACAAGUUACUAAAAAUUGGUGCUAGAAAAUAGUGAUACUAGAUACUAGAUAUAGUAAUUAAAAGAGCGCCCUUCUCUGCGCUUCUCAAUGUAUGCACUUAAGCUAAGCCCUUGCCAACGAGAAAAUACUAAAAAAAAAAGUGCUUGAAAAUAGUGAUAUUAAAUACUUUUAAUAGUAAUUAAAAGAGCGCCCUUCUCUGCGCUUCUCAAUGUGUGUACUUAAGCUAAGCUAUCACUGACUUGCGUGCCAAUAGAAAUGUGCUGAGUCACAAAUCAUUUGCAGCUAUUUAUCGCCACAGAAAACGUGCGAAUAAAAGUGGUAAUAAACUAAAUGAGCCGAAUACUAAUAAAGUCGUGGAACAGGUUGCUCGAAACUGUUUUAAACUGGCAGCGAAAAUAAAUUCGCAAUUAUACUCCAAAUUAGUUUUGACAUUGACCCGGUUUCUGAAGAAACCAUAAAUUGUAUUCUGAUAGAUGUCUCAUACGUAUGCGGACUUUCGCUUUCAUCUGGCGCAAACUGGUUAAGAGCCAUAUACGUGGAAUCAUAUCUACCGCCCCGUAUGGGAAUUACACUAAUCUAAUCCGAUCCGAACCAAAUCAAUCUAAUCGUAACCGUUCGAACCUUCAACUCAAACGAUGACUGGAACUGCAGGCAAUGUCGUUGGAUAUGCAUUCCGGUAGACAGGAGCGCACUAUAAACCUUAAUAGUUAAGAUCAUAUGAACAUUUUAGAAAGAAAUACUAAUAGUUGGUAAUAUAACAUAGCAUAACAAGAAACUAAUCAAACUUCCUAAACAAUAAACCUUACUUAAAGUUUAA